GUUGCUCUCAGAUGAGAACAAAGCUUUCUGGAGCGCUGGAAGCCUUCGUGGCCGCUCCUCACUGGCAAGGGACAUCUUGUGUGGACUGACACUUUGGAAAGAAUGUUUCAAACAUUUAAAGAAUGGUUCUGGAUGGAAAAAUUCUGGCUUCCUCCAACAAUAAAGUGGUCAGAUCUUGAAGAUCAUGAUGGGCUUGUCUUUGUUAAAGCUUCCCAUUUGUACAUGACAAUUCCAUAUGCCUUCAUUUUGAUGAUCAUCAGACAUUUCUUUGAAAAGUUUGUUGCCACACCUCUAGCAAAUGCUGUUGGCAUUCAAAAGACAGUGCAAAAAAUUAAACCUAAUACCAUCUUAGAGAACUUUUUCAAGCAUUCUGCAAGUAAGCCAUCUCAUACUGAUAUUUAUGGACUGGCGAAGAAGUGUAACUUGACAGAGCGCCAGGUUGAAAGAUGGUUUAGGAGUCGGCGGAAUCAAGAGAAAUCUUGCAGGAUGAAGAAAUUCCAGGAAUCUUGCUGGAGAUUUACAUUUUACUUAAUGAUUACUGUGGCUGGAAUUGUGUUUCUUUAUGAUAAACCAUGGACAUAUGACCUCUGGGAGGUUUGGGAUGGCUAUCCCAAACAGCCUCUGCUGCCUUCACAGUACUGGUACUACAUUCUGGAGAUGAGCUUUUAUUGGUCGCUGCUGUUUAGCCUUGGCUCUGAUAUCAAGAGGAAGGAUUUCCUUGCUAAUGUCAUCCACCACCUGGCUGCUCUUAGUUUGAUGAGCUUCUCUUGGUGUGCUAAUUAUAUUCGCAGUGGGACCCUUGUGAUGAUUGUGCAUGAUGUGUCUGACAUUUGGCUGGAGUCUGCUAAGAUGUUUUCUUACGCUGGAUGGAAGAACACCUGUAACACCCUGUUCUUCAUCUUCUCUGUCGUAUUCUUCAUCAGCCGCUUCAUUAUUUUUCCCUUCUGGAUUUUAUACUGCACGCUGAUUCUGCCUCUGCAUUACCUUGAGCCUUUCUUUUCAUACAUCUUCCUCAACCUCCAGCUCAUGAUCCUGCAGGGCCUUCACCUUUACUGGGGCUAUUUCAUCCUGAAGAUGCUCAGUAGAUGUAUAUUCACAAAGAGCAUUCGGGAUGUAAGAAGUGAUGAUGAAGAGGAAGAAGAAGAAGAAGAAGAAGAGGAAGAGGGCACCAAAGGCAAAGAGACAGAAUAUUUGAAGAAUAGCCUUGGGGCUGAUAGGCAUCUCAUUCCCAAUGGUCAACAUGGCCGUUAG